AUGACGGGCUUCAUGGCAUCCCAUGUUGAUGAUGAGAUGCUAUUUUGCGAAACACAUUAUGCUCGUUAUGGAAAUGAGAGAACCAACAUCUAUGGUUUGGCACCAUUCGAAUCACGCUUCUUAACCUAUCUUAAUCGUCCUGAUGAGUUCCCUUCCCAUCGUUAUGAGAGUCUUCCUUCUGAACCUUCACCACCUAAACAUCAAGCUUCGGCCGCAGAAUUAACAGCGUUCGUGUCGAUGGAUGGAUACUGGAAUUAUGUUUGCAUCCCCGUUGGAUUGGAAGCAGGAAAAUCCGAGGUGAUUGCAAUGGAUGUUUUUGAAGAACAUUCAGACAAAUCACGAUUUGUUGUUGCGCUUGCAGUAGCAGAGAAAUAUGACACAGAAAACCAGGAAACACAAGUAUCAUAUAGUCUGAGAUUUUAUGGCCACCAACAUGCGCCAAAGUCUUUCUUAGAACAAACACUUUUUGGACUUGGAGAAUCAAGUCAAAUAAUUCCAUUAACAUACCCACCCAUGCAAUUAUCGCACGUCCAAAUUAAUUAUGAAGGAAGGCAACAGACAGCCUUCUUAAUGGCUUCAACUGAUGGAAUUAUGCAUUUAUAUGUACAGGAUUCAAGCCGUUUGUUUGUUCCAAUAUCUGCAGGGACUUAUUUCCCUUUACUGGGAAGAAUAUCGGAUCAUCGCAUCAAGAUCCUAUUCCUGCACAUCUUAACCUACCAAGGAAAAAUUGCAAUUUGCGCAGGCGGACAAAAUGGAGAGUUAUUUUUAAGUUUCUAUGAUAAUGAGGGAGUAGAGUGCAAAUCGCAUGCAAUUCGGCUGUUUAGUCCGAUUACGUCUGUUCUUUUAUUUCACCCUCGCGUCUCUAAGCACCUCAAGGAAGAUGAACCUCUCCAUUUGGUGGUUACGUGCGCUAUUGAGCAAGCUAUGGUGUACAAGUCGGUUCAAAUUAAUGGGUUGUCGAGAAGUAGGGUUCUUCCACAAUCAAGUCUUUAUGACAGUGUUCUGUGCUCCCAUGUGAUGGAUGUUGACUGGGACGGAGAACAAGAAAUUUUGAUAGGCACUUAUGGACGACAAGUAUUGAUUUAUAAGCAAUUGGAAGGAACCGAAGACUAUACUGUACUUUGGAGGAGACAGUUUGCAUAUCCAAUAUAUCGUAUGAGUCAUCUCGAUUUGAACAUCGAUGGUCUAGAUGAGCUUAUUGUCAUUACAAUGUAUGGUGUUCAUAUCUUCCAGCCAAACAUGAAAAAAGCCAGGAAAAGACUGCUUGACGUACUGAUGUAUGUAGAAAGUAGCAAACGACAAAAAUAUGAAUUAUUACUUGACUGGCAAAGACAAAAAGAACUUGAAAAGGCAAUCGUGUUUGAGCCUCAGUAA